UAAAGUGCUCGCGCGUGCGGACAGUAUGACGACGUUCUUCAUCAUUUCCGUGCUACUUCUGACCGGGCGUCUCGUCCACGGCGUUACGGAGGACGUCGUGACUAUGUCGGGCCACUCGGCGAAGUUGACGGCGAGAUCGGCCGAGAAGGCGACGAGGUGCAUCCUCGAGACUAACCGGGGCGAAGUGUUGGAAUACACGCCCGACGAUCGCGAAAUUAGAAGGGACAUCAACCGUGUCGAUUACUCCAGCGGCGACGGGACGUGCUCGCUCAGCAUCCGAGAGGCUAAUAGCACUCACGCAGGUGUGUGGCGAGUGACGGCGUACUCGCUGGCGCCGCUGGACGAGCGGCGGGCAAGAAAGAAGACCGAUAUUCGCGGUGACAAUCGCACCGGCGACGCUGCGAAAGUGUUUGCGUUCAGGCUGUAUGUUCAGGAGAAGGUCGAUUUGCCGGUCAAGCAUGUCGAGGUGUACGACGGCCACUACGUAAAUAUCAAGCACCCGGACGACUUUGAGAAUCUCACGGCGUGUAAUUUGACGGGAGCCUGGAGGCAGUCGGUGGAUCUGCUGGCGGAGACGCGAGACGAUUUUCAACUUUUCGGUCAAUGCGGCGUCACCAUGAAAGUACACGUCAACUCGAGCGGCUUCUGGGAGCUCGUCGCGGUCGACAACGAUUUCACGUUGUACAUCGCGAGCUUCGACGUCGCCGUGUACCAUCUGGAAAAGGCGAAACAGCCGAACCUGGCCAAUAUGCUGGUCCUGCAGUGGAUUCGCGGCAAUGCGGGCGUGAUCAGACUUCCGGGCAGACCGAAAAUUUGCCAAAUAGUGGAUCCCAGCGGCGCGAUCGUGGCGAUGUCGCGCGGCGAGUGUUACCAUUAUGUGAAAGUCGUCACCGUUCUGCACGAGGGGGUAUGGCUCGCGCGUUACAAUGUCCAGGGGAUGCUGGAGCCUGUCGAGGAGCGAUUCAGAGUUGAGACCGCUGAUAAGAUAACUCUCAAUGCUGGCGUCAAUUAUACGGAAAACGCCGGUGUCAGAUUGCUGUGUCGACUGGAAUCGCGCAGCACAAUUUCUUUGCAAACGUGCAACUUCGUCCGACCCGACAGCAGGACGAUCUACAUAACGCCCGUGGUCGCUAACGAAAGAUACUCCGCCUACAUUAGCCCCGUGUAUGGACACGCGAGCAAGGUUUUGGAAUGCGGAAUAACAAUCCGGGAGCUCGCGAGCGUCGAUUAUGGCGCGUGGCGAUGCGACCUUGGCGUCGGGUUUUCUCCCGAUAUGCAUGGAUCCGUGCUUCGCGUUGACCAUCCUGACUCUCGCGAGCACGGGAACACCGACGCUGAAGGCAGAGCGGUCAAAACCAGGGCGGACGAUGUGCACGUGAAGCGCGGUGACCCGUUCACGAUCAAGUGCGCCGUCGAUUUCGCGCUGGAUUAUUGCUGGCUGCGGAGCCCGAACGGAACGGCUUACUCCGUCGCGCAAGACGAGGACGUCCAGUACGCUCUGCAUUACAAAGGCGACGGCCUCUCGUACGGCGAGUGCGGAGCGCAAAUUUCGGCGUCCGUCGACUCCGACGAUGGACAAUGGAGUUGUUUCAUGGGCGUGGUGGACGGCGGCGAGAAAAACGCGACGGUGUCGGUGACGGUGACAGAAAGCUACCUCGCGGCCGAGCAGACGGAAAUAGCCGUCAGCCCUCGGAACGAUCCAGUUCUGUCUUGCCACAUCCUUCCGCGUAUGCUGGACAGAACAGUUCAUUACUGCCGGUGGAUCCGGCCCGACGGAUAUGGAAUUUACAAUGAUAUAAGCCAUCGAUAUACGGCCAACAGCAGCUACUCCCAGUGCAGAUUAGUCAUCCUGAACUAUAGUUCGCAAGAGGACGAGGGUCGUUGGACAUGCGUGGCCGGUCUCGCGGGAAGCAACGGCCGGCUGGAGGAGGCGUGGGCGCACAUCAGGGUGUUGCCACGCGCGCACAAACUGAAGAUAGUCCUGUGGUACACCAGCGUGAUCUUGGGCGGCGCGGCGCUGAUGCUCAUUGUCACGUUUGCCGUCAGCUCCAGCGCGAUCCGCAACUUGCCAUGCGGGAGGAAAGUGCCGGUACUUGAGGCUCCGCGGCAGCGCGCACCCUCGAGUCCAUUACAGACCAAGUUUCCAGUCAUACAGAACUGGAAACAAUGCGUGUACUGACGACGGUGGAUGAGUCGUCGUCCAUUAGUCGUAGUCUUAUCGCGAAAUGUCGAUUACGCGAUUACGCGAUAGUGCCUCAUGCCAGGAGACGAUGACUAAUCCGGGAGGGACGCUCUCCGGGCUGGUCGGAGAAGGUGGAUGAUUUACGGCCGGUUGGUUCGCAAGCUGUUAAUUUUUACACACGCGACGUGUCGUCUACUGAACUUCGCUCGUGACGCAUUUCCAUAUUGUGCGCUGUAAAAAAUAUAUCAACUACGAAUUAUAUAUAUAUAUAUAUUAACAUAUUAUCUACAAAUAUAUCCGAUAUACGUAAGUAAUAUAAUAACAAUCCAAUGUAUAUAACAUAUACGCGAUGAUUACUCGCGCGUCAAAGAGUUGGAAUAAUUUUGUACACUUUAACCAGACACACGUGUCGGGUCUGAGAAAUGUGGAGAAAUAAAAUACGAGAUAAAUCGACAUGACAUGUCGUGGCGCGACGAGAAAAAUGAACGAUAAAGCGUGCCGUGCAAAAUAAAGGAGAGACGUGAAGCGCAGCGUCUCUGG